UAGAAAGUUGCGUUUGGACGUCUGGUGUUCUUCCAGUGUCCUGAGGGCUUCGUUUCAGUUCGCGAUGUUUGGAGGCGCGAGCGGUUUCUGACUGGAUUUGCUCUCAUUGACUCCUGCUGUUUGAUGGGAAAUAUAAGCUUAUGAUAGAGGAAGCAGGUUACGGAAGAAGAAUGGAGUUCCCGGACCAUAGCCGCCAGUUGCUGCAGUGCCUGAGUCAGCAGAGGCUUCAGGGUUUCCUCUGCGACUGCACCGUGCUGGUGGGAGACGUUCGGUUCAAGGCGCACCGAGCCGUGCUGGCCUCGUGCAGCAUGUACUUCCACCUCUUCUACAGAGACCAGCUGGACAGAAAGGACACAGUGCAUCUGAACAGCGACAUCGUGACGGCCCCCGCUUUCAGCCUGCUGCUCGAAUUCAUGUACGAGGGGAAACUGGAGUUCACCACGCUGCCCGUGGAGGACGUCCUGGCCGCCGCCAGCUUCCUGCACAUGUACGACAUCGUUAAAGUGUGCAAAGGAAAGUUAAAGGAUAAGGAACCGUGCUCCCUGGACGACAAGACGGGGGACGGCACGUUUACCGAGAGAGGGGACGCGCCGCAGGCCCCCCGGAGAGACGACUGCGUUGCAGAUUGCAAAGGGCCCAGGCAGAAGGCGAACGGUCACCGUGGCGGGUCCCCGGACCUUGUAGGUGUCAAUUAUGUGUCAGCCGAGGCCGAGCCCUGUGUCCAAACAGCUGGAAAAACAAAAGCCGAUGUCAGUAGUUCGGCCGUCCUCGUGUCCCAGAGGUCCCGGGCGUCGGAUGACAUGGACUGCGCUCUGGAUUUGUCUUUCAAGCCUCUGUCGAGCAGAGACGCCUUCCACCCCUCCUACGUCUCGGGACAGCUGGCCCUCGACAGCCAGCAGCAGGGCACUGAGCCACUUGUUAAAGACGAACAUGACUUUCUGUCAGAGCAGGGGGACGGCGAGCCCGUGAGCCCGGAGAGCCGGCGCUUUGGGAAUAGCGCCAGGAGCUCGGUGGUGACAGGGUUCGCUGCCCUCUUCCCCGGCAACAGCGGCCCGGCCGCGGCCACCCUGCUCCCCCCGGAUGACGACCUGAUGGAGGGGGAGGGCGAGGGGGAGGGGCUGGGCAUCCGCCGCGAGGAGGGGGGAGGCCGGCUGCUGGCAGACAGCGAGGGAGAAGACGAGGACGAUCUGGCCUCUUCGGACAUCUCCACGUCCAGCGGGGUCCUGCUACCCGUCGGCGGUCAGCAGGUGUGCGUGUGCCCGCUGUGCAGCAAGGUCUUCCCGAGCCCGCACGUGCUCCAGCUGCACCUCAGCUCUCACUUCCGGGAGAAGGACGGGGUGCGUUCUAAACUCUCGCCUGACGGCUCCGUGCCCACCUGCUCGCAGUGCGGCAAGACCUUCUCCUGCAUGUACACGCUGAAGCGGCACGAGCGUACGCACUCCGGUGAGAAACCCUACACGUGCGGUCAGUGCGGGAAGAGCUUCCAGUAUUCGCACAACCUGAGCCGGCACGCCGUGGUGCACACUCGUGAAAAGCCGCACGCGUGCAAGUGGUGCGAGAGACGCUUCACUCAGUCGGGUGAUCUGUACCGUCACAUCCGCAAGUUUCACUGUGGCCUCGUGAAAACCCUUCCCAUUGGAUAAAAACUCUGCCCACUUUUGGGACACCUUUUUAUGAACAUGUCCGACACCAGUAAUAAUAAUAACAUCCAGUGAUUUGCAAGAUGAUUCGUUUAGUAAUGACAGUUAAAUGCACUUGGACGUUGACCUUGUGUGUCAUGUAUUUAAACAGCUGGAAGAAACCGUCCAGAGGAUUCACUUCCACAGCUAUAAUUUAUCAAUGGAAGAAAGUGAUUCGACCAUCAUGACAGAGAGACGUUUUGAUGUAUGUUCUUCAUUUCAUUGUUCAAAUGCAUUCUUACAGAAAGUAAUGAAGAGGCAGAUUUUAUUUAUUAAUUAGAAUUAUGUACGGAUGAUUUUGUUUUGUGUGACUCUACUGAAGACCUGACCGUCGACUGAAAUCUACCACUGAUGUUUGUGCACUUGUGUUAUCAUUGACACGAAGCUACUGUAUGUUCCGUCGGGUCUAAUGAUGUUCUUUUCUUUAAAACAUCUAAAGACAUCCUUUUGAAUCAAAUCAUUUCAUAUGUCUGUAAGACAAGAGGUGACCGUGGUUUAAAGUCGAUGUAAGACAACAUCUAUUCUGCUCAAAUUUGAGUUUUCUCUCUUUCUAUGAAGAGUAAAUGUGGUGGAAUCUCUGUUGACCGAAUUCACCGCUCGACGCCAGAUCUGGUGGAUUGUGUUUGCUUAACUUGACCUUUUUCCUUCACUUUGACGUUUCAUUUGACAUUUCCGUUGCUUCUUUUUAUUUAAUGUGAUGGUGUUUGUGGUUGUAUAAUAACAGUAGUUAGCACUAAAAAAAAUCCAAGUUAUGCUGUAUAUUUCAUCAGUCCUGAAAAAACUUGAUUAGUUAUUUAUUUGUUUUGUUUGUUUGGUUCAGGGUUUACUGUCGACGUUUAAAAAAUGAUCACGCUGGUACUUCUUUUUUAACAUUGUUUUGACAAUAUAUAUGCGAUACCUGGUUUCAUUCAUUGAAGUUUGACUUUUGUGAGGCUAACAAGCACUUCAUAAACAACACUGAGAUACUGUAGGCUGCUAUUUCUAACUGUAUAUUUAUUGUAAAUAAGUAUUUUAUUAAAUCAUUAUGUCACGUUUGGUUUGAAAUAUAUUGCGACUGAAAUCUCUCGUAAAUGCUGCGAUUCUUAACAUUGACAAUUUGUGUCUUCCAGCCGGGAUUAGAAGUUUUUCUGUGACAUCAUCUUAUACUUUUGUUACAGUAGAUAUCAGAGAUACUGUAACUAUUGGUUCAGAAGCACAAACGGAUGAACGAUCUGAAGAUGAAAACUAAUGUACAGACAUGGGGAUUAUAAAACCAAGCGUAUCAUCUAAAGGAUAUUUCAUUCAUUCAAAGGACUGAAUUUGCAUCCUGAUCAAUAAUUUCUUUGCACAUUUAAUGGAAAAAAUUAUGUCUAUGUAAUUUCAGUUCUGUGUGUAUAUUUUCAGAUUUUUACACUGGAAUUUCUUCAUUGCAAAUGCAUUUCUUUGUUUUUGUGUGUGUGUAUUUCAGACACCGUGUUGAGAUAUAGAAAGUUUCUUGAAUUUUUUGUCAUGUAUUAACACGAUCACAUGAUACAUUACGCACAGUGACUUAUGCUUUUGGAUUGUGGAAAAACUGCACCUGUUGUAAUGAUGUGAUCCAUCAGAAUAUUUAACAUCAGGAAAACGGAUAGAUUAACGCAAUAAGAAGAGAAUAAUUCUCAAGCUGUGUUUCACACGUGACUCGUGUGGAUAUUUUAAUUUAGUCUGCAAAGAGACAUUGUACAUGAAUACCGGAUGUAUGUCUUCUGAAGGUUCAGACUGUGAAAUGGUAUAAUCAAACAUACUAUUUAUUGAUUUGUAUCUCGUGAGACAUUUUGCUGUUUCUCAAAAUUUCCACGUGUGAAAUAUAAGACGAUUCUAAGUCGAGAAGUUUUUAAUAGACUGUAGAAGUGCCAUUAGAUGUAAUAUAAUUUUUUGAUAAUACGAGAAACAUAUUUUAUAGGAAAACAAAUGCUUCAUUGUUGAGUCCUUUAGUGAAUGUAGAUGACAAUCUGUUGGAUUUGACCUUGCUUGGAUUUCUUUAAUUUCUUUUGAUUUUUUUUGACGUGCGUGCGUGUGUGUGUGUGUGUGUGUGUGCGGGCUUUCUUGAUUUCUUCCGAGGGCACGGUGGACAUGUGAGCCCUUGAGUGUGUGUUUGGUGUGUGUAACAUGUGACAAUCUUUAUGUCAAACUUGAUUUAGAUUUACACAUAGAUUAAACAGCCUUUUCUGUGGA